UCAUCGCGAACUACUCACACAAUAUAGCGUCGACAAAGGCCAGACAGACAGACAAGCAGACAGAGAGACAAAAGCCAAGGUUUCUGCUUCCUUGGCCCAUUGAUUGAAUGGGAUUGGAUAAUCCAUUCAGUCAGUCGGACAGAACACGAGCACAAUUAAGAAACAAAAUUGAAAACGAAAUAGCUCUACACGAAAACAACCCCUGCAACACAUCAGUAGCAACAGCGACAGCAACAGCAGCAGAAGCAGAAGCAGCAACAGAAGCAACAAAAUCAAAAUGUCCUAGUAAAGGCUUGCCAAAAAGAGUGAGGUGUAAUUUUUGAGCUGAACAUCCAAUGCGGCAGCAUGGCUUCGGGCGACGGCGACACCAUCAAUACCAUCGACAUGGAUAGCUCCUCAACAUCGCAGGCGAAAAUGGCGGAGCAAAGCAAUGCCUCCACCGACCAUGUGGGUAACUCAUCGCCAGACUUGGGCAAUCGUCCUUUGCGCUCGGUCAACAAAGCGGACAAGGAGCGCAAGAUUGGUCACAGACGGGUUGGCGAGGGCGGUGAGAUUACCUAUAAAAAGAUACAAACUUCGCAAAUAAUGGGAUCCAUACAGCUAGGCAUACAGCACACUGUCGGCAGUUUAGCAUCGAAGCCUAAACGUGAUCUACUUAUGAUGGACUUCUGGGAAAUCGAAAGCAUUACAUUUCCGCCAGAGGGUUCUAGCCUUACACCUGCCCACCAUUAUAGUGAAUUCAGAUAUAAGAUCUAUGCGCCUAUAGCUUUUCGUUACUUUCGUGAUUUGUUUGGCAUACAACCAGAUGAUUUUAUGAUGUCUAUGUGCACUUCGCCGUUGCGCGAAUUAUCGAAUCCAGGUGCUUCCGGUUCAAUAUUUUAUUUAACGGACGACGAUGAGUUCAUUAUUAAAACAGUACAACACAAGGAGGGCGAAUUUUUACAAAAACUACUGCCUGGCUAUUACAUGAAUCUGAAUCAAAAUCCGCGUACGUUAUUGCCGAAAUUCUUCGGAUUAUACUGCCUGCAAACGAGCAACGCCAAAAACAUUCGUCUGGUGGUGAUGAACAAUUUGCUGCCCUCCUCAGUGAAAAUGCAUCUGAAGUACGAUCUAAAGGGGUCGACGUUUAAACGUAAGGCAUCGAAGGCGGAACGUGCUAAGAAAUCACCGACCUACAAGGAUUUAGAUUUUAUGGAACAACAUCCGAAUGGCAUAUUCCUGGAGGCUGAAACUUACUCGGCGCUAAUCAAGACCAUACAACGUGAUUGCACGGUACUGGAAUCAUUCAAGAUUAUGGACUAUUCGCUGCUCCUGGGCGUUCACAAUCUGGAUGUAUCGAUGAAGGAGAAGCUGACCGGGCACAAAAAACCAGCAAGAGCCCCACUGGCCGAGGAUUCGGAUGUGGACGAGCCAUUGGAUGCAUUAGAUGGAGAGUGUAAGGAGCGUGACACGGCCAUGGGCAUUAGUCGAAAUAAUAUGGCAUAUAGAUCGGUGAAUCGACAACGUUUGGUGGCACACUCUACAGCCAUGGAGAGUAUACAGGCAGAGAGCGAACCCAUUGACGAUGAAGAGGAUGUGCCACCGGGCGGUAUACCAGCACGCAGUGAAAAGGGGGAACGCCUGCUGCUAUAUAUUGGCAUCAUAGACAUUCUGCAAUCAUAUCGGCUGAAGAAGAAACUGGAGCACACAUUCAAGAGUAUCAUACAUGAUGGAGAAACUGUUUCCGUUUGUCGACCUUCGUUCUACGCGCAAAGAUUUCAAAACUUUAUGGCUAAGACCGUUUUUCGGAAGAUACCUUCGCUGGAUCUCCCAGAGAUCAAAGGAAAUCACAGAAAAUUUCGUACCUUGGUCACCAGCUAUAUAGCAUGCCUCGCAAUCUCACCUCUCAAGCAUUCGCCCUCGAAGAGAAAGAGCCUCUCCAAGGCCAUUCAACGCUCCAUCGACAGCGAAGGCGAAUCGACGCGACCGAUGCACGCUUCACACUCCCACAGCAGCGGCAAGAUUCAUCAGCACACCAAGAUGCCAACAACGUCCACAGACGCGACAGCAGCGACCACCGCCUCCAGUGGAGCAGGCGCCACAGGCACAUCUUCGAGUAAUGGGCCACCACCUGUUAAGCAACGCACGCCCACAGCAACUACAUCCUCAUCCUCCACACUGAAGGCUCGCGUUCCACCACCAGUGCCACCACGGGGCUCUCCACGACGCAGGGACGCCGACAGUGUUAGCGGAAGCGGAGGCGGUGGCAUUAGUCGGACCCAUUCGACGCCAGGCACGACUCCAUCAUGCAGUUCAACACCACCCCCUGCCUUCGACGACAUCUCCGAGGACAGUUCGAACAAGAACAGCACAUCGUCGAUCAGCCGAAGGUCACAUCACUAUCACCAUCAGCAACCGUCGCAGCACCAACAGUAUUUGGAACGUAAAAUGAACAUUGGACCCGCCUAUCGAGGAUCCUACAAGGAGGACAUAGUCAGCGUCUCGGAAGUGCAUCUGGACACAUUUCUUGCCGUGGACACGUCAUCGAGCAGUCAUUAUGGCUCAAGGGGUGGCCUAGCCUGGACACCACCAGCUUCAGGUGAGGGGUCAACACCAACAUGGACAGAGGGCACUCCGAGUUUUACGGAUUCCAGCUCGAGUGGUGAUCUUGACAACUUCUCGCCCAUAAAUUCAUCCAAAAUUGACCGACACAAACCGACGGUGGAGGAUGCUAUCAACUCUCUAUCCUCGGGAAUGAUCAACUAACAUAGCAUGUGUGAUGAUGGACGAUUUUGUACACAAACAUUAUACUGCUUGUUGAAUAACGUGCGGAUACAUUUUCAAUAUAAACACGUACUCGUACUGGUAUUAUGAUAAUGCUUGCGUGUUCAGGUUAAAGCGGGCGUAUCGUGAUUGAUAUGUGCUCGUAGAUAGCUAGGAUAUAAUCAAAAGGCGCCCCGACUCCAUACAGAUACAUUCCACAUUGCAUCCGUUCCGGAAACAUACAUAUAUACAGCAAUACCAUACAAUAAACUUACAAUAAGAUAUAUGCAAUGAUAAGAGGAACAUGAAAGCCCCUAAUCCUGAUCCCGUUCCUAGUCAAAACAUAUAGCUAAGAUUCAUUCAAUAUGAAGGCGGAUAGUAAAGAGUUCGUUAGGCGUUUAAAUCGAUAAUA